CGUUCUCGCGAGACUUGCGGCUGGCGGCCCGGCUGAGGCGGCGGAGCGGGUGGGAGCCGUGUGCGUUGGAGCCGGCGGCGCGGCCCGCGCGUGAGAGUUCAGAAUGAGCUAUGCAGAAAAACCUGAUGAAAUCACAAAAGAUGAAUGGAUGGAAAAACUCAAUAAUUUGCACAUCCAGAGAGCAGAUAUGAACCGCCUUAUCAUGAACUACCUUGUUACAGAGGGCUUUAAAGAGGCAGCAGAGAAGUUUCGAAUGGAGUCUGGAAUUGAGCCCAGUGUUGACCUAGAGACUCUGGAUGAAAGGAUAAAAAUUCGAGAAAUGAUACUGAAAGGACAGAUUCAAGAAGCCAUUGCAUUGAUAAACAGUCUUCACCCAGAACUGCUGGAUACAAACAGAUACCUUUACUUUCAUUUACAGCAGCAGCAUUUGAUUGAAUUGAUUCGGCAACGUGAGACAGAAGCAGCCUUGGAAUUUGCCCAAACUCAGUUGGCAGAACAAGGAGAGGAAAGCAGAGAAUGCCUGACAGAAAUGGAGCGCACCCUGGCAUUGCUGGCUUUUGAUAAUCCUGAAGAAUCACCAUUUGGAGACUUGCUCAACAUGAUGCAAAGGCAGAAGGUAUGGAGUGAAGUUAACCAAGCUGUUCUAGACUAUGAAAACCGUGAAUCUACGCCCAAGUUGGCCAAAUUACUGAAAUUACUACUGUGGGCGCAGAAUGAGCUGGACCAGAAGAAAGUCAAAUAUCCCAAAAUGACAGACCUCAGCAAGGGGACAAUUGAAGAACCCAAGUAAAUAUGUGCAGAUGGACACCAAACAGUUUAAGUUCUGCACAGUAUACUUUAUAUCAGUCUGUGACUGAAAUAUUUUUACUACAGUACAGCGCUCAAUUCAGAUUUUUUUUUUCCAAUGAACAUCUUAUUUAAAGGGACAAUCCCUUUUAAAUGCUGCAAAACUGCAUUGAAAGGCACUGUAUCUCUUGGAAAGUCUGAUUUAGGCUAUGCACUAUAAUACAUUUUUAAAAAAAACAACUAAACAGGAACAGAAACAACUUUUUUAAGAGUACAGUAUUCAAGGAUUCUUGUUGGCUACUGAUGCUUAGUUUAGUGGCCAACCAGUUAUAUUGGCAACAAUUCAGUUAACUGUCUCCCAUUUGAAAUGUAUAUAGAGCAGUGAAUAUUUUCUACUUUAAGUUAUAGGCAGACAUGUAUUCCUCUUAAAACUAACAACUGGCCAAUUUUCAUCUAUAAACAUAACGUAAGGUCAAUGUCUUGCCUAGGAAAUAGUGUAUAAACUUGUAAAUCAUAAUUUAAGGACUUGUUUCUGACUCUGGUGCUUUAUAUGGUGAGAGUUAUGUUUGCAAUGGAUCAGUGACCCAUCUUUUCACAAAAAAAGUAUUGCUGGAAAUAAGUUUCUCUUUAAGUUCAAGAAAGACCAGAAUGGCCUCUUCAAAGCAGGCGUUGCAUUAUAUUUAGUAACUGGGACUUUUGAUCAGGGAUUUAUUUCCCUGUAUAAAUGUCCACCUUUGUAACAAUGUCUGUGUCAGCUGGUUACUACAGCCUUUUGUAAACAAAGGAUGUGAUGCAAUCCCUAGAGAUUGAGGUCCGUUGUAGGCUUUAUUGAGUGUCUGCUUUUGUACAGAAUCUGUCUUUCUACUUGCAGAUUGGCUGUUAAGUAUAAGGGAUGUCGUUUGUAAGGCUAGUUAUUCUUGCAUCUUAUGCCUUGGCUGAACAGAACAGUUGUUUGUAAAACCUUUUUCCAUAUCUGUUCCAAGAGAUGUAGAGUUCAUCUUCCCCUGUAAUAUUGGUUGUUUUUUCCCCACUCCAGUUAGGAAAAGUUAUAACAAUAAUUCUUAUCUUACACAUGAAGCCCUGAUCAUUUUGGGUUUGUUUUUUUUAUCAUCUGGGUAUAGAAGGUUUUGCUGUAUGUAUGACUUUUACAGCACUGUGUACUGGUAUAUCCAGUAGUAUUUAGCACUAAUCUUGCCAAAUCAAGAGCUAGAUCCUGUAAAACAGUGUAUUGAGUUGUUGCAAAUGGUAUUGAGUUAUUGCAGAACUGCUGAGCAAAGACCAGUUUGGAGGAAAUAGCAGAACAUCACAGUACGCUGGCAAUUAUGUCAUACCAGUCACAUAGCGUAGAUGCUGUAGUCAUGUAUGGUAGCUAUUACCCUGUAGAAUUAAACUUAGUUUUCACUUACUUUACUGGAAUACUUACGCAUUAAACUGUAUAAAGCUUUGCAGAUACAUAUGACUUAGGGAAACAAGCUAACAAAAUCUGUUACUCAUUGAAUUACUGUGAACACUGUUUACUUGUGUAGCUAUUUUCUGGGGAGACAGUUGUCUAUAAAGCAGUUAGAGAGAUACAGAACACCAAGGAUAAGCUAGAUGAUGGGUGUAACAAAAGGAGACUAUGGUUCUGUCCCAUUUUUACUACUGAUCAUUUUGCCACUGAGGCGUUCACCAUGCACAAUUAUUUUAUAAUCCCUACAAAACAGUAGUGAGCUAUCAUUGGCUUCCACUUGCUGUAAUGGAUAGGCUUUACUUCACCCUGGUUGAUUAUUCUAACAGUUUACCUAAAUGUCUAUGAUGCAAAUUUGUUUUCAGUCAGUUGCUUUUUAAAGACCAUGUAUAUUACUUUGUUUGCAAUAAUCUGUAUGGUUAAUAUAACCUUGUUUAAUAACAAACUGCAAAAAUGAAACUGGAACUAGAUUUAAUUUCUUCAUGUACAACUGACAGUUUUUCUCCUGUCUGACCCUUGUGUGCUGAAUCUCAUCUAAAGCUUCUCCAGGAUGAAAUGGAAAGUGCAUUUUUGUGGCAUGACUAGCAUUUUUCUCCAUGAGAAAUGCAGUACUGCAGUCCUGGCUGAGAAGUUCACCAUACUUUUAAAAUGCUCCAUUAAUUAUUAGAGUAUAUUGGGCAGAUACUGAGCAUAGGUUACUUGAAUUUUCAUUAGCUUGGUUUUUUUCCAUUAAAAAUAAACAUGUUUUUCUAGGGGGUUUAAUAUAAAAUUUUAGUAUAGGAUUAUUUCACUUUGUUUUUAUGAACAUGCCACAUUGAUAAGCAGCUUUAAUCUGUAAAGUUUUUGGUAACUGCAAGAAAAUAUUUGAAAGCUAUGCAUUUUACAGAAAGCAUAAAGGUAGUCAUAAUGGUACUUCUAAGGAUCUUUAUAUUAGUGUAUAUAAAAUAGUUUGCAUAUACAAAUAUAAUAUAUUAUCUGUUUGAAAUAUUCUGGAGUGGUAGGGGCUGUGAAACAUAACUUAUGGAAAUAUUGUACACAGUAAACACCUCUGUCAAUACACGAAUGAAUUUGUCAUAUGCAUGAGAAAUGUCUUAUUUGGUGACUACUAAUGAAUGGGUUUUUGUUAACCCCGUUAUUGUUAGAUAACCACUUUGACAAAUAACAUUAAAUGCCACUUUGAUCAGUUUGCUCUUA